UAGCACACAGAAGGCUAGACCAGACCCGUUAGAAAGUAGUUUUUGGACAGAAUACCUAAAAUUACCAGUACCCCAGACCGACACGCAGCAACGCGCGCAUCUUCGCUUCUGCGAAUUUUAAAAAGCGAAGGCAGAGGGAAUUUUAAGAAGCGCGCCACAUUAUCAGCUGGCCGCGACAAUCGAUAGUCGUGCGAAAGCAGGGCCGCGGAGCAGCACUGGCGACCGUAGCGAUAGGCAGCAGCGCCAAUCGAUAGCUGGGUCGCAGAAGGAGGAGGAGAAGCAGAGGAGAAAAACAAAAACCAAUUGUGAAAAGUGUAAAGUUUAGAGCGCAGCGCAAUUGUGAGGCCAAAAGCGGAGCACAAACGAGCAGCCUGCCGCAACGAAACCAAGCAGAUAGCAGCACCCUUUUUCCACGACGCGCCAGCGGGAAUUUGCACCUGCUGCGGGCGAACUCACACACACGCACCCACACACUCACACCUCGCGGGCAGCCAAAUCGUCAUUCUCGACUAUUUUUUUGUUUUUUUGCGAAAUCCAAGACGAAGGCGAAUCCACAACAAAUGCAGAUUGGAGCUCGAUUGGCUAGCGAUUAGUGCCUAGUCACGCGGGAUCAGCAAAGCAAAGCGAGGAGGCCAAAAGCCCGGAGAAGGAUACGGCAUACGGUUACGGAUACAGAUAGGGAGCCAUGUCCGUGCGGACGAAGGUUCUCGGCCUGGUGGACGUGAUGAUGCGCGUGCCACCGGUGAUGGUCAUGGAUGAGAUACUGAAGAUGGAAAUGGGCAUGCACUCGUGGCUCUAUCCGGACAAGGACAAGGCCAGUGGCGCACUGGAUCCGCCCACGGAAGCGCCAGCGGUGCCAUCCAGCCAGGAUCCGUUCGCCAGCAUCAAGGAGUUCUUCGGACUCGGCGCCGGCGACGCCAUCUCCCACAUGACCUCCUCCGCCCAAUCUGUGCUGGAACAGAGCAUCGAGGACGCCUCCCAGACGGCAAAAACGAACGGCGUGCUCAGCUCCGGCUUCAACUCGCUGAUGAACGAGCUGUCCAAGGACCAAACGCUGGCGGAUGUGCUCAGCAUCACCACGGUCAAGUUCGUGCUCUGCGUGUUCGCUUUCCUGUCCGCCGCGUGCAUCUUCAUGCUCUGGACCCGGCAUCUGGUGAUGGUCUACAUGUUCCUCACCUCGCUGGGCCUCACCUUCCUGUCCUACUGGUCGAACGUGAGUGCGCUGGCGCUGAUGGAGCGGAGUCCCAGCAUGCUGGAGGACCUCAUGUCGCUGAACACCACGAAGCUGCUGGACUCGGGCGGCGUGGUCAUGUCGCUGGCGCCGCAUCUGAUGGCCCAGUGGUUCAUGGGCAUGCUGUUCGCCUACAUCCACCUGGGACCGAGGUUCGAGAAUGUCCAGAGAUCGAUGCCCAUCAUCUUCGCUAGUCCAAUUCUGUUGGCCAUGCUGCCGCUGCCGGCGAAGGUGGUGCAACACCUGCCCGUGGUGGCCGCUUUCACGCCCAUCAUCCUCACGAAGAUCACGCUGAUGCAGAGCGCCAUGGAGGCCAGUCGCACGGUCUACAACGGAUACCAGUACGCCAUGAACUUUGUGUCCAACUUUGGACUGUCGGCGCUCAUGGAAAACGAAUGGCAGAGGCUCAAUGUGCCCAACGUUCUGAGGGUUUUUUGGACCAUCAGAAUAAUCCAAGGAGGCUAUGCCCUGGCCACGACGGAAUCGGAUGAGCCCCUGGAUCUAAUGACGGCCACACAGAAGCUGCUCGUCGACGGCUGUGAGACCCUAACGGCGGUGCUGGGCAUGACGGGCGUCAUUUCGAUGAUCUGCCACUACAUCGGACGCGGCUUCCAGUGGUACCUGCUCACCUACGACAACGACGAGGAGAAGUCGCUGGGCACUGUCUCCGCAGUGCUCUUCUACAUCCUCGCUCUGCAGACGGGCCUGACCUCGCUGUCGCCGGACAAGCGCUUCAUUCGGCUAUGCCGCAAUCUGUGCCUGCUGAUGACCGCUCUGCUGCACUUCCUGCACAACAUCGUGUCGCCCAUCUUGAUGUCGCUCAGUGCGGCAAGGAAUCCCUCGCGGAAGCGCCAUGUGCGCGCCCUCUCCGUCUGCGCGUUCCUCGUGGUGAUGCCGGUGUCCCUGCUCUACUACCUCUGGUCGCAGCGAUCCAUCUCCACCUGGCUGCUGGCGGUUACCGCCUUCUCCGUGGAGGUCAUCGUCAAGGUUCUCGUUUCGCUGGCCACCUACACGCUCUUCCUGCUGGACGCGCGGCGGCAGUUCUUCUGGGAGAAGCUCGACGACUACCUGUACUAUGUGCGCGCGUUCGGCAACUCGGUGGAGUUCUGCUUCGGCAUCCUGCUGUUCAUCAACGGUGCUUGGAUUCUGGUCUUCGAGUCUGCGCAUUUCAUUGGCAUCGGAUCUGUCCAUUUCGUACGCGUCCAGCUUUUCUGUUCUAUGUGUGCAUGUAAUAUUUUUAUUUGGUUGAUUUUGUGUACCGAUAACUAUAACUUGAUAGCCCAAAAUGCUACAGGCGGCGCCAUCAGAGCGAUCAUGAUGUGCAUCCACGCCUACUUCAAUAUCUGGUGCGAGGCACGGGCGGGCUGGUCGGUCUUCAUGAAGCGGCGUUCGGCGGUGCACAAGAUCUCAGCCCUACCAGAGGCAACUCCUGCCCAGCUGCAGGCAUUCGACGAUGUCUGCGCCAUCUGCUAUCAGGAAAUGUAUUCCGCCAAGAUCACGCGGUGUCGCCACUUCUUCCACGGCGUCUGCCUGCGCAAGUGGCUGUACGUCCAGGAUCGUUGCCCCCUGUGCCACGAGAUCAUGAUGUACACGGACAAGGCGGAUGAGAAUGCGCCGGAGGCGGAGCCAGCGGCAGCUGCCCAGGCCGAGCAGCCGAUACGGAUAUACCCGCGAGACGACGGCAACAACGCAGCUGCGCCGCGACGCUCUCCGGAGCGCGCUCCAGUCGAAGCAUCAGAACAGGCGGCCGCCAGCAGCUCCUCCAGCGCAGCGGCGACGAUCGGAGCGGAGGCAGUGUCGGCCAUCGUGGAGUCCGCAGCGGCUGUGGGCGAGGCACGUUCGCUGGUCAGCGUAGCCAGCAGCAGCGCCACCCACCGAAUCAGCGCCAGCGGGAGCAGCGACAGCAGCUACAUGUCCGCAUCCGCCCAGCCGCCGCCGCCGACGGCCACCUCGGCUGCUGCUGUGGCCACGGCGGCGGCCAGCAACACGACGCACAUGUUCCGGAUGUCGCAGGACCAGCAGUAGUCGCAUAUAUAGGAUAGGAUAGGACCGAAUCGGUUCGGAUCGGACGGAACGGGAGCGCUCGGCGUACCUUGUGUUUCUUAUAUAUACCUUACUACUUGGAAACGUUCUGUGUGUUGUUAGUGUACUUAUGUAUAAAUGCAAAUCUUCGUAACGA